AUGUCAGGUCAUCCUAGACGAUCGUACUUUUUAUGCUCACACAAGUCCAUUCUGUCAGAUUUAUAUUUCUCCAAGCUUCCAAGUCGAAAUUCGGCGUACCCAUGUCCAAACGCACUCCAACACCUGGAAACAUUAAAAGUCAUAACCGGCAAAAUUCCUGUACCUUCUGACAUUGUUAUAUGGGAAUUGCUUUCUGCAUUGAGAGUCCCUCUUAAAAAUUUGACAUUAGAUACUCUUUCCGUUACAAGAUAUAAAUAUGGCGACCAUGUCCCAAAUUCAACGCUUGAACUAUUUCCUUACUGCCCGUUUUUAACGAAUCUUUGCAUCAGUGGCUCAUAUGUGAUUUUUAAUCUGGAUGAUCUAUUGGACAGCUGUGUGGCCCUCAAACAGCUUAAACUUCUUGGCGGAAAAUUGCUCAUUAAUUCAAACACCACAAAUAAGAGACCAAAGAAGCAUCAAAAGCACUAUGGACUGCAUAAUUUGACCUUGGAGUACUGCUCUCUAACCGCUGAAAUGUACAAGGCUACAGCAUAUGACUUUGAAGAAACCGGAUGUUUGCUAGUCGAUAUGCCAUAUACUUUCUUAAAGUCUCUCCACAUCAACCAAGUUAAAUUCCAUAAAAAAUAUGAAGGAAUGGAAUACGACAUAGAGAAUUAUAUCAGCCUCAUACUUUUGUCUCAAUUAAACGAUGUUUUAUUAUCAGAUGAAAAUAACGAAAGAAAAGACGAGAUUGAUUCGAAAUAUCCUGUUGUAGAGCAUCACAAUAUUGCUUGGAUCUAUUCAUAUGACAACAUUCUGACUUAUACGAUAUACAAUGUUAAAGAAAACCUUAACCUUAAAGAGGAAGAAGUUGAUAUUAUACUUGAGUACUAUCGAAAAUUCCAGCUUAAUAAAAGCAAUAAGCCUACAGAAGAUCAUGAGGUGAUUGAGGAAGGAUACGAGGGGACUGGUUGGAUUGGCUAG